AUGAACUUUGUUGAUCCAAAGGAGUAUAAUUACCCAGGGCUGGUGAGAAAGAAUCGCUACAAAACCAUUUUACCAAACACACACAGCAGAGUGAUUCUAAAGACCGAAGACGAAGACGACUUCCUCAGCACUUACAUCAACGCUAACUACUUAAAGGGUUAUGAUGAUGAGGAGCAGGCUUACAUCGCCACACAGGGCCCUACAGUGAACACCGUGGGGGACUUCUGGAGGAUGGUGUGGCUGGAGAGAUGCCCGAUCAUCGUAAUGAUCACCAACCUGGAAGAGAAGAACGAGAAAUGUGCAGAGUACUGGCCGGAGGACACGGUGACCCAUGAGGGCAUUGAGAUCACGGUUGUCUCGGUAACGCAGGAGGAUGAUUACAGUCUGAGGGUGUUUACUCUGAAGCAUGACGGAGAGGAGCGGAGUCUGCGUCAGUACUGGUACACCUCAUGGCCCGAUCAGAAGACGCCAGACAAAGCUCCGCCCCUCUUAGAACUGGUACAGGAAGUGGAACGAGCCAGAGAGGAAGCCCCGCCGUCCAGUGGCCCUACAAUUGUGCACUGCAGUGCUGGGAUCGGUCGAACUGGCUGCUUCAUCGCCACCUCCAUCCUGUGCAAGCAGCUGAGGACCGAGGGCGCGGUCGACAUCCUGAGAACCACCUGCCAGCUCCGUCUGGACAGGGGCGGGAUGAUACAGACCUGUGAGCAGUACCAGUUUGUGCAUCAUGUCCUGAGCCUGUACGAGAAACAGCUGUCCCACACUUCUGAAGAGUGA